AUGGCUCCAGCAUUUAGUUAUUUCUUACAAGGUUAUCCUGUGUCAUACAAGGGUAACCAACGCCUAAUUGGCCCUAUUGGUAAUUGCAAAGAAAUUCCACCAUAUGGAUCGGAAAUUUUAGUCAAGGGAAUUCCGUAUCAUUUCACCGAAAGAGAAUUAUUUCCGUUAUUCACAAAAGCAGGAAAAAUUUUCAAGAUUCGGUUGAUGAUGCAAGGUGAUUUGUCAACUUUAAAUAAAGGAGUCGCCUUCGUUACUUACACGUGUCCGGAAGAAGCGAAAAAUGCGGUCGACAACAUUCAAAUAUUAAAUAAAUAUGGGAUUGAAAUAUUAACCAUCGAAAUUUACUACGAUAAUCGUCGACUCUUUGUCGGUGGAAUACCGGAACAUAAAACUAAGGAUGAAAUCUGGGAUGAGUUGAUUGAUUGUGGUUUUGAUGGUGUAACCGAUAUAAUAAUGUACCGAUCCUAUACAGAUAGAGCGAACAAUCGUGGAUAUGUCUUUGUGGACUUCGAAUCACAUAAAAAAGCAGCUAAAGCAAGGGUUCUGUUCGCAAAUUUUGACUUAUGGGGUUCUAAGCUCACCGUUGAUUGGUCAACGCCCUUACCUUAUAUUGAUAGUGCCACAUUCAUUAAAAUAAAGAAACUUUUCUUUCGUAAUCUGAAAGUAACCGAACCUAGGGAAACAUUCUUAGAGAUCUUGAAUGAUGUUUUGGAAGGAAUUGUGGUGUUGAAGGUUUUCCGAUUUAAAGAUUAUGGUUUUGUCCAUUUUAUGACGCACAAAGAUGCCGAAGAAGCAUUGAAAAGAUUGAAAGUGUAUUAUAAGGACACUUUGGUCGAAGUUUUAUGGGCGGUGCCUCAACACAUGGCUCCUAAGAAACGACAUCUUUUGACAUAUAAUAACUACGAUAAAUCAGACUGGUCAACUCCGCAUCAUCAGUUUCUUGAAACACAAGCAUCACCUUCAACUUCUGCACAAUCUUUGUCAUAUAAUGACUUCGAUAAAUUAGACUGGUCAACUCCGCAUCAUCACUUUUUUGAAAAACAAGCAUCACCUUCAAAUUCAACAAAAUCUUUGUCAAAUAAUUGGUCUGAUGAAUUAACCUGGCCAUCUUCGCAUCAACAGUUUUUUGAAAAACAAGCAUCGCCUUCAAAUUCUACAAAAUCUUUGUCAAAUAAUUGGUCUGAUGAAUUAACCUGGCCAUCUUUGCAUCAACAGUUUUUUGAAAAACAAGCAUCACCUUCAAAUUCAACAAAAUCUUUGUCAAAUAAUUGGCCUGAUGAAUUAACCUGGUCAUCUUCGCAUCAACAGUUUUUUGAAAAACAAGCAUUACCUUCAAAUUCUACAAAAUCUUUGUUAAAUAAUUGGUCUGAUGAAUUAACUGGGUCAUCUUCCCAUCAACAGUUUUUUGAAAAACAAGCAUCACCUUCAAAUUCUACAAAAUCUUUGCCAUAUAAUAAGUUCGAUAAAUUAGACUGGUCAACUCCGCAUCGUCAGUUUUUUGAAAGACGAGCAUCAUCUUCAAAUUCUACAAAAUCUUUGUCAUAUCAUGGCUCUGAUAAAUUAGCCUGCUCAUCUUCGCCUCAACAAUUAUUUGAAAGAGAAGCAUCAUCACCUUCAAAUUCUACACAAUCCGGAUCUUCUUCAAUGUCGAAGGAAAAUUUUGGACAAUUUAUGAAUAAUGUAACUCCACAAUCUUCCAAAGAAUUCACGCCAUUACAUCAACUUUUGAAGAAACCACCAUCAUCUGCGAUUUCAUUUGAUACUCGUCAAUCUUGGCAAUUAUAUGAUUCUUUGCAACCAAAAGAAAACUCACGUCAAUCUGUGAAUUUCGACUUAUCUGAUCAACCGGUCUUAGUAAAUAAAAGUACCGCUUCAAUUUUGAAACGCAAGAAUUUAUCUCGCAAUUUAUUCCCUAUUCAACUGGAUUUGAAUGGAACAGCUUGUGAAGACUUUGGCUUAAACAAUGCUUCAAAAUUUAUGAAUUUUAAAAAUUCCUCAUCAGUACCUGAUCCCAUGAAUUUAUCCACUGUUAAAGAUGAAUAUUUUCCUGGAGAUAACGAGAUGAUGUUUGGGUGCCCUCGAAGAGUUAAGAGAACUUGCUCGAAUUUGUCCUUCGCUGGAACUAUUAUUGAUGCAGCAGUUAAAAGAGAAGUUAAAAGAUAG